GAAAGCCAGUUGAUAUCAGCUGAAGAAAUUGCUGAGAAGUUGAAGGCAGCAGAAGAGAGACGUUUGAACUUGGAAGCCAGGAAAAUCGCCGAUUGGACAGCAAAAAUGGCGAAGAUUGAAGAGGCUUCAAGGAAGAAAGACGAACUCAAUGCCGAAUUCAUGACUCAAACGAAAGAAGCUCUUAUUAACAAAAUGGAAAAUACCGUAGAAAAACGUGAAGCUAUCAUUUCGGAUUUGAAAGGGAAACUAAAGGUUCAUGCUGAUGAAAUCAAGCGAAAUAAGGAAAUGUUGGAGAAACAGAAAGUCGAAGAACGUAAUGCUCUGAAUGACAAAUUAAAAACCGCUGCCAAUCUACGUGAUGAGAAUAUCAAGCGAAUCUUGGAUCGUCUACGAGAACAUAAUUCGGUCAAAGUAUCGGAAGUUCGUCAUACAGCUGACACGAGAGAAGCACGCGAAGAGCAAACGCGCAUUAUCGAAAAUAAGCUUUUCAUUGCGGAACGAAAUCGUACGAAAGAGUUGGAAAAGCGUUUGGAAAACAUUCGAAAGCAUGAACGUCGUGCUAUGAUUGUUCGUCAGAACAAAGCAGCGAUAUCAAAUCAACAAGUGAAUGAUAGCGAAUGCCCAGUUUCAGCUUAG